GGUUCUUCGACAACGGACAACUGGCCGGACACUGGGCAGCAGCCAAAAAUCCCUAAAAAUUGGCGUUGUUUAAAGACUCGUACACGUGCAUGAGGGAGCAGGUUACGUGAGGCCAGUCUUUAAUCGGCCUGUAUAGAGCAGUAUCGUCCACUAAAACAAUAUUCAUGCGCUGCUCAGACUGUCAGUAAUAUCCAACUGUUUGGCUCCUCAAGCAUCGCAAUGGAGGAGUAUUCAGAAUUUUCUGAGGAAAGAAUUUCCUUCGACAUUCCGCAGAGGAGCCAUUCCGUGCCACCGAAAAAUUUCUCGGUUGUAACAUAUUCCGGUAGUUUGGAUGCGUUUGCUAAUGUUCAAGAACCAUUUGCUCGCGAUGUUGCAGCGGAGUGCUUCAACUGGCGACGAUCGUAUGGAAAAGUUAAAGAUGUCUACUGUCACGUGCAGUUCCAAAAAUUCACGGAGCUUCCUACAGAUUUAUCAAGCGAUCCCUCAGCUACGCUUUUAGGCCCAGUUCUGCAUUCCUUUUGGUGUGAUGCCCAGUUCGUUGAUUAUCCGCGACCGAGCGUAAGAGAUCAAUUGACAGCCUGGCUGGAACAGUUGGAAUCUAAAGGUGUUCACGAUUGGAUCAUCGUAGUCCUUGUUAAGCCGGAUUCCAAAAAGUCACCUCGUUCCAAGCCGACUCCCCGUUUUGAUAUUUACGAUAAAUUGAAUUCGGAAUUUUGUUCCAAAAUGAAAGACCGCGGACGAUGUGUUUACAUUUGGGAUCCUCGAAGUGGAAUGGGCGACGCAGAAGUUUGGCACAAUGCUGUAGUAAAAUUCCGUCACCUGAUCUUUGAGGCUUACGAUGCAAAGCUGAGAGCGUAUGAAGAACGAGUCCGUAUUGCCAGGGAAGAUCGAGGCAAGCCCGGAUGGAUGUUGACGGACUACGUGAAUCUGAGAGAAGCGUUAGCCAGUGCAUAUCAAAAACUGGAAUUUCCAGACGAAGCUUUAUGGCAUUUAGACGAUUUGGACCAAGGCAUUACGCAAUUCGUUGCGGACGCUGCUCAGGAGGCUGAAGGGUCUCAUCUUCGCAGUCAGUGUAGUGUUCCUCCAAAACACUGGCUAGGUCUGACGCUGACAAUGUCUGCCAAAGAAAAUUGGAGAAUGCACCAUUUGGUCGAAGCUGGAAAUGUUUCUCUGUUGGAACUGCGCAGCUUCCUCUUUGCUCGCCAGUACGACCUGUUGCAAGAGACCAAUCGAAUUUCGGAAUUGACUGCUCGAGCAAUCCUUUUCAUACAAAAUGUCAAUCAAGACUGCAAACUUUUUAACGUGGAGAUCAUACCGGGUGCAUUGAUGUGCUGGACGUUUCUGGCAUGCCACGAAAUCAGGGAAAUCGCUCAAAGCAGCGGGGACAGUAGUCCACUUACAUUGCAAAACUGUGCCACUUUGUUGGGACUGGAAUGCGAAGAGCUGGCUAGACUGGGAGAUCUAUGUGGCUUAAUGCCGAAUGAAGAACCCAGUCCGGAACAAAGUGGGAUUGUUAAAGUGUUGACGAGUGCCAUUGAAGCACCGCGACAAUCGGCUGCUGUCUUGAAGCUCUACGACUGUUUACUGUCAAGGGAGCAGUUUAUGAAGAAUUAUUUGGAGUUGUCGGAACUGACGCUGGGAACAUUUAAGCACAUAGGUCGCUCAAGAGCAGCUAGGCAUCUUGGCGUUACAAUGGCUAAAUAUUAUAUGAAGUGGAAAAUGUUUGAAAAAGCAGCGGCUUUUUUAUUUGAUGCAUUAAAAGUAUUGAAGGACGAAUGCUGGUUGCUUCCUUCGGCCGACGUCGCAGUGUUGUACGUGCAGUGUAUGAAAGAAAUUCAACAGUGGGAUCAAGUUGUCAAAGCUGCUUUAUUGGUAGUAUCAUGCCUCCAGUUAAGCUUUGAUGUACGGAAAGAGCAUUUUGAAUUGUUCCAACAAAUUCUUUCAUCCAAAAGCCAGCGAGAUGGCAUUGUGAUCGGAAGUGGCAAUCUGUUGACAGCCACUGUUCCGUAUCCAUCUGAAAAAAUCAGGAUUCAUUUCAUAGAUCAGAAAGAGGACUUCAUCAUAUUCAUCGAUAGCAAUUUUCCAGGACCGGUUCGUGUGGACAAAUGCUUUUUGUAUUUGACUUACAAUUCAACGGGAAAUUUUCGACGAUCCGCUCGGCGUCUGGCCAGUUUGCCGUUAUGGGAUAGUGACUAUUUACUGGCAACUAAACCCACAAUGCGCCAGGACUUAUACCUUCCGUGCUCGUCGAUCCCUGUCCAGGACGAUGGAAUGAGUGGAGCGGGCGACGCGGGAAAUGCUUUAAGGAAUUUUCCAAACGUGAAGUUUGGCUUGGUAACAAAAGGUCGUGACAGCCCGUCGAAGUCAUCCAUUAGUAGUGCUCAUAUGGAUUUAAUUGGGGAUCCCAAAGCUGAUUUAUGCGUGGAAUGCAGCAUCGGUGAAAUUGUACCGGGGAGGAAUGAGCUGACGUUUCGCACAACAUUCCACCAUCCUGGCAUUUUUCAAGUACGACAUCUCCGAAUCGUCCAUUCCCCAUCGCUCCAAUUUGCUGUCGGCGUGGAAAACAUUCCACUUCUUCAGGUUGUUUCCGAUUUUCCUAAAUGCUUUGUCGAACCGGUGGAUAAGAAUUCCACAUUAUGGACCAACCUGCCUCAGAUAUUUAGACUAUAUGUAACCGGCGCUCAUUCUGUUAAGGAAAUACCUUUUUCGAUUUCAGUCAGUCAAACCUCUGCAAAGGUUCUGAAUACGGAUUUGGAUACGGAAAUGCAAUCCGGAAAAUUACUACUGCAGACAAAUUACGAGAAAACAUUUGUGGUGCUGUGUGAAGGUGAUACUGAAGACAGCGAUACUGAGAUAAAUGUAAUUUUUCCCUGGAGUGCUACCCCGUGUAAAUUCAGAUUCCCUUUUGUCAGCUGCUUAAAAGUGACCACUUCGUUACACAGUAUACCGGUGGGAAAACUUAUUGCAGUAGCUGUAAUGAAUCGGUUGGAAAAACCUGUGGCAGUUAAGAGUAGCCAAGUCUCCUUGAAUGGUGUCAUUGCUGAAUUCUUGACUACCAGUUGGAAAACUUUUACAAUAAAACCCCAAGAAGUAGUCAAACUUAUUUGGAAGAUUUCGACCCACCUUAACGCGCCCGUUAAAGCGGUUGUUGGAAUAGAAUAUUUACUCGAUUCUUCCUCAUCACUAAAAUUGUGUGCUAGCUCCUUGGUUGGGCAAUUUGGUCAGAUGCAGUUGAAGAUUCUGAUGACUUUGCCACUGUGGGAUAAUAACAAAGUGCUCGUACAUGUUGGAGAAGCUGUUGAUGUGGAAUAUCAGAUUGAUGCCGUGAACGUUCCAAGCGAUCUUCCGGCCCUUUACUACCAGCUUCGUUAUGACAGCAGUUUUUGGAACAGCAACGGGGAAACUACAGGUCACUUAAACUUGCACGAAAACCAGAAUCCCAAAGUUCGGUGCGCCUUCAUUGCGCUUAAAUCUGGACCUGUGACAUAUCCUGUAAUGAGGUUGUUUUACCUCAAAAAUGAAGAAAUAGUACCAAUGGAUCCACUGCACGUAUACAACGAAAGCACGUGCCGAUCAGUUCAUUUAUUACCGCGACAAAACGCCGCCGACAGCAAAGCCACCGCUCACUAACAGACGAAUGCCUAUACAAUGCAGUGAUUACAACGUACAAUAAUCAUUAUUUUAAAACUGUGAUAAAAUUUUUCCGGUGAAAAGAUUCAUUAUAUGAAUGUUUGUAAAUACAUUUUGUGAACCAUUAAUGUAAAAUCAAAACUGAAAUAAAACGGCAUAAAGAGCGCUUGUAAAAAACUGGGGAACA